UGGCGGGGGCGAGCUUGCAGAGGGAGGAGUAAAUAAAAGGGAUGACAGACGAGUAAAGUAUGGUAAAAAGAAAAGCGAGAGUGACCGACAUAUGACAAAGCACCAUGCCUGAACCAAAGAAACCAGCUGCUAAGGCAGAGAAGCAGGAGGCUCCCCCUGCUGAUAAACGCGCAGAAGAACAUGUGCCAGGAGAAGAGCCACAGACAUCUCAAAUAACUGGCCUGUUUGUGGAGAGACCUCAGAGUGCCACGGUACAUAAAGGGAAAGAUAUCACAUUUGUGGCUAAGGUGGACUCCUCACAGCUGCUGAGGAAGCCAGCGAUGAAGUGGUUAAAGGGGAAAUGGCUGGAUCUAGGCAGCAAGGCCGGCAAACACCUGCAGUUUAAAGAAACCUAUGAUAGGAACACCAAGAUAUACACUUAUGAGAUGACCAUCAUUAAGGCUAAAGACGGAGAUGCCGGGGGUUACCGUUGUGAGGUCACAUCCAAAGACAAGUGUGACAGCUGCACGUUUGAAGUUACCGUUGAAGCUGCCGAAGAAACACAGCAAACAAACAUUUUGGAGGCAUUCAAGCGAUCGGGUGAUGCAGGAGAUGAUGCAGGAGAACUGGACUUCAGUGGUUUACUCAAGAAAAGAGAGAGAAAGAAGAAGGAGGAACCUGAGAUAAACGUGGAUGUGUGGGAGAUCUUGAAAAAAGCCAAGCCUUGUGACUAUGAGAAGAUCGCCUUUGAGUACGGCAUCACUGACCUUAGGGGCUUGCUUAAGAGACUGAAGAAGAUGAAGAAAGUGGAGCCCAAGAUAAGCGAUGCUUUCCUGAAAAAACUGAAUCCUGCUUAUUCUGUGGAGAAAGGCAAGAAAAUUAUGCUUUCGGUGGAGCUCACUGAUCCCAACGCUCAGGUCAAAUGGCUAAAAAACGGGCAGGAGAUCAAACCCUCAGCCAAAUAUGUCUUUGAGAGUGUGGGUGGCGUCCGUAAGCUCACUAUUAACAAGUGCACUCUGGCCGACGAUGCAGCAUACGAAUGCGUGGUUGGAGAGGAGAAGAGUUUCACAGAGGUCUUUGUUCAAGAGCCCCCAGUCACCAUCACCAAGAUGUUGGAUGACGUUCAUGUGGUGGUUGGGGAGAAGGUGGAGUUUGAAGUUGAGGUGUCUGAAGAGGGAGCCAAUGUGAAAUGGAUGAAGGAUGGUGUGGAACUGAGCCGAGAUGGAAAGUACCGCUUUAAGAAAGAUGGGAAAAAACAUUGGCUCAUCAUCAAUGAGGCGACAACAGAGGACAUUGGAACAUACCAUGUGUACACUAAUGGGGGGGAAUCCAAAGGAGAGCUGGAAGUGGAAGAGAAGGAGCUGGAGAUCCUGCAGAAUAUAGCUGAUCUGACAUUGAAGGCUUCAGAACAGGCGGUCUUCAAGUGUGAAGUGUCUGAUGAGAAAGUAACCGGCAAAUGGUUCAAGAAUGGGGUGGAGGUCAUUCCCAGUAAUCGCAUCAAAAUGACACACGUUGGCAGGACUCACAAACUGGUAAUAGAUGAUGUAAAGCCUGAGGAUGCGGGAGAUUACACCUUUGUACCUGAUGGUUACGCUCUUUCCCUUUCAGCCAAACUUAACUUCUUGGAGAUCAAGAUAGAUUAUGUCCCUCGUCAGGAACCUCCCAAAAUCCACCUGGACACCACCGGCAGCUUGGUCAACAAAAACACAAUUAUUGUCGUGGCCGGAAACAAGCUCCGUUUUGAUGUUGACAUCACUGGAGAUCCCGCCCCCACCGUCUGCUGGAAGAAAGGAGAUACGGAAAUCAGUGAGUCUGAAGGGCGUGUGAGAGUGGAGACCAGGAAGAACCUGAGCUGCUUUGUUAUUGAGGGGGCAGAGAGAUCUGAUGAGGGUCUCUAUAACAUCACUGUAACCAACCCUGCUGGAGAAGACAAGGCUGAGAUCUUUGUUAAGAUAGUCGAUGUGCCUGAUCCACCUGAGAAUGUGAAAUGCACUGGAGUUGGAGAGGACACUGCCUCUAUCCUGUGGGAUCCACCCAAAUUUGAUGGCGGAGCUCCAGUGAAAGGUUACCUGAUGGAGAGAAAAAAGAAGGGUUCUUCCAGAUGGACUAAGCUGAACUUUGACAUUUAUGAAUCCACAACAUACGAGGCUAAGAAGAUGCUUGAAGGCGUGCUGUAUGAAAUGAGGGUGUUUGCUGUUAAUGGUAUUGGUGUCUCCCAGCCAAGUGCAGUCUCCAAACCUUUCAUGCCUAUUGCUCCAACCAGUGAACCGAUUCGCCUGGUGGUGGAUGAUGUCACAGAUGGCUCCUGCCUUCUGAAAUGGCUUCCUCCUGAGAGGAUUGGAGCCGGUGGGAUAGAUGGAUACAUCAUUGAAUAUUGUGUUGAGGGAGGCACUGAGUGGGUGCAGGCCAACGAGACCCCUGUUGAGAAGAAUAGUUACAGGGUCAAAGGCCUGCCUGUGGGAGAAAAGAUGCUGUUCAGGGUGACAGCUGUAAAUAUUGCUGGCCGUAGCCGUCCAGCUGUAAUGCAGCAAGCUGUCACCAUCCGGGAGAUUGUUGAACGCCCUAAAAUCCGUGUUCCCCGGCAACUUAGAACUAAGUACAUGAAAAGAGUGGGCGAGAAGGUCAACCUAGUCAUUCCCUUCCAGGGGAAACCGCGUCCGAUAGUUACCUGGUUCAAAGAUGGGGCACCUCUAGACCCAAAGAUGGUGAAUGUCCGCACAUCUGAUGUGGACACCAUACUCUUCAUCAGGCAGUCAGUUAGAGAACAUUCUGGACAGUACACGCUGUCCGUGCAGAUCGAGAACAUGGAGGACAAAGCCACGAUUGAGAUCCAGAUUGUGGACAAGCCUGGACCACCGAUGAAUGUUACCGUAACUGAUGUUUGGGGCUGCAAUGCUACUUUAGAAUGGAAGCCACCGAAAGACAAUGGCAACAGUGACAUCAUUGGGUACACCAUUCAAAAGGCUGACCUGAAAACUAAGGAAUGGUUCACGGUUUACGAGCACAAUCGCAGACCGAGUUGCACCGUGUCUGAUCUGGUGAUGGGGAACGAGUACACGUUCCGUGUGUUUAGCGAGAACAUCUGUGGCCUGAGUGAGGAUGCUGGCAUCAGCAAAAACACAGCUGACAUCACUAAAUCAGGUCUUAAACAUAAUCGAAACCCCUACCAGGAGAAAGACAUGAAUUGCUCACCCAAGUUUAUCACACCUCUUCUGGACAGGUGUGUUAUUGCCGGUUACAAUGCUGCCAUCAGCUGUGCAGUCCGUGGUUUCCCCAAACCAAAGGUUAUAUGGAUGAAAAAUAAGAUGAUUAUUGGGGACGAUCCAAAGUUUAUCAUGCAGAAUAACCAGGGCGUUCUGACUUUAAACAUCCGUAAGCCAAGCUUGUUUGAUGGGGGAAGAUAUUCAUGCAGAGCUGUCAAUGACCUUGGGGUGGAUGAGGUGGAGUGCAAGCUGGAGGUUCGAGUUUUGACAGAUAAGACAGAGGAAGUGAAGAAGUAAAUGCAAAACCCAGAGAGACACUGAAGAUGUCUGUACAGCAAUGAUAUGGGCUUCAAGAGUGUAUCAGAAAGUGUAUCAGGAAAUCACUUAUUUAUUUAGAAUAAAAUUCUGUCGUCAUGUUGGGUUUAUUUUUUUGCUUUUCUUUUAAAGUACUGUGGUGGUACCAUGGUACAUCGAUGGUGUGAGAGGCUAAUACCAUGUUACUAAAAGAGUAACAUUUUAAUGUACUGUAAUUGGAGUUUAAACGGUACUUAAAAACAUUUAAAAGAAUACCAUGGUAUAAACAACUGAUACAAUGGUAUUUUAGUACGUUUUGUCUUAGUGAAAUUAGUAUAUAGUAUAUGAUAGUAUAGUAGCCUAAUAACAUGGUGGGGGGGGGGGGGUCACAUUGCUUGAAAUAAAAGCUCAAAAACUGAA